CUUGUCGUCCACACGCCUGCGCUCCCCAACAAACCCAGCCCGCCAUGGCGCCACCUCCACUCCCCCUCUUCUCCCCGUCCCCAAAGCAGCCGCCUCCGCCACCAUGGCUCCACGGCCCCAACAUCCCCGCAUCCGUGACACCUCCAAACCACAUCGAGGCCCCUUCAAAGCCCCAGAAUGACCCGCAAAGGAAAACCAGCUCCUCCAGCAAUCCCCUCACCGCCGGCGUCCCCGGCGGCCGCACCCGCCGCGCCGUUCUCGGAAUCAUCCGCCGAGUCCGCUCCCUGGAGCUCUCCGACCCGCCAAACACGAAACCCAGGCCCGCUGCUAACAGCAGCACUCUCAUCCCUUUCAACCUCCCGAUCGACCGGCCGCAGGGAGGCCAAGAAGAGGAGAGGGAGAGGAAUGGGAAAGAGAGGCCGACUUCUAGGGCGGUUCCGUGGUCCGCGGCGAGGGACCAGGACCUCAAGGUCGCGCUGCGCCGGGAGAAGAAGGUGCCAGAGCCGACGCCCGCUGAGCGGGUGUUGGAGGCGGCCGAGCUGCAGCGGCUGCGGCGGGCGGCGCGUGGGAUGGACAAGUGGGUGCGGGCCAAGAAGGCCGGGGUGACGGACGAGGUGGUGGAGGAUGUGCGGAGGGAGUGGUCCAGCGGCCAGGAGCUCGCUGGGGUUCGAGUCGUCGAGCCGCUCCGGCGGUGCAUGGACAGAGCAAGGGAGAUCCUGGAGGAAAAAUCAGGAGGCUUAGUUGUUUGGACUAAAGGAGAUAUACAUUUCGUAGCUAAUAUUCAGAAAGUUCCCGUGUUAAAAUGUACUAUCCCUGAGCCCCAAAGGACAUAUGGAAGCAUCUCCGGGUCUUUAAGCAAUGGCAAUGGUGGCGCUCAUGGUGCUUUCCGAGAGAUUGAUCAAAGCAUUGGUGUUCAUACAUAUGAAGCACCUAUCGAAGGAACACUCUAUGAAAGGGAAGUCAACAGACUGUUGGACAGUUUGGGACCUCGGUUUAUAGAUUGGUGGUGGAACACACCACUGCCUGUGGAUGCUGAUCUCCUUCCACAAGUUGUCCCAGGUUACAAGACACCAUUUAGACAAUGUCCUCCUGGUGUGAGACCGACACUAGCAGAUGGGGAACUGACAUACUUGCGCAAGCUUGCACACCCUUUGCCGACACAUUUUGCCCUAGGCAGGAAUACAAAACUACAGGGUUUGGCUGCUGCUAUUCUAAAGCUUUGGGAAAAGAGCCUUCUAGCAAAGAUUGCAGUGAAAGUGGGUAUCCAGAAUACCAGUAAUGAACAAAUGGCGUGGAAUCUUAAGCAUCUUACUGGAGGAACUAUCAUAUUGAGAAACAAGGCUUUUAUUAUUCUAUAUAGAGGCAAGGAUUUUCUUCCUGGUGGAGUUAAGCGGUCUGUUAUUGAACAAGAGGCACGGGUAGAUGCCCAGCAUGUGAAGGAAGAAGAAGCCCGAUUAACGGUGAUUGACUCCCUUCAGAUAUAUGCUGGUUUACCAUCUGAGGAAAGUUCUGUGGGGACUUUCAGGGAGUAUCAGGAUUUCCAGGUUAACCAUGUGCAUGAAACAACUGAAAACAACCAGACCAUGAUAGAACUAGAGGCUGAGAAGCACAGAUUGGAGAAGGAUCUGAAAGACCAGGAACGGAGGCUUUUCAUUCUCACUAAGAAGAUUGAAAGAUCCAACCAGGCGCUGGCAAAGCUUCAUAGUUCCUGGAACCCUUCAGAGCCAUCUUCAGACAAAGAACUUUUGACAGAGGAGGAAAUGAUGAUAUUCCGAAAGAUUGGCCUAAAGAUGGAUGAGCAUGUGCUCCUUGGAAGACGUGGUAUCUUUGAUGGUGUAAUUGAAGAGAUUCAUCAACACUGGAAACACAAAGAGAUUGUGAAAGUAAUUACCAAGCAGACUCGAGCUUACCAGAUAACAUACACAUCGAUGCUGCUUGAAGUUGAGACGGGAGGAAUGUUAAUAGCAACACAAAAGCUCACAAACAGCCACGCCAUAAUACUUUACCGUGGAAAGAAUUAUCGCCGCCCAACAAAAUCAGAACCCAGUAAUCUUCUGACUAAAAGAGAAGCAUUACGAAGAUCAAUUGAGGUUCAGCGACGAGGGUCAAUGAAAUAUUAUGUUUGGGAGAGACAGAAAUCCAUUGAGGAAUUGAACUGGAGACUGGCCAACGUGACAAUGAGAAUCAGGAAACUGACCCAGUGAACAGUGGAGAAUUUAAACAGAGUAUGGAAAUGAAUUACGAUAUUGAAUAACCAUCUCACCUAGUUUUUUUUUCUGUUUGUCACCUACACGCUGCAAAGCCCAAAGAGAGCAGGGGCUUCCGUUAAUCAGAUGAAAUUGUACAGUACAAAUGAUGAUUGUGUUGCAAUUGUAGAGUUGUAUAAUUUUCUGUUCAUGUACAUAUUGGCAUUUCAGCAAAUCUAUUCUCCACAUUUGGUGAUAAUGAAUGAGAAAAGCAGUUUUUUUUUUGGUA